CGGCGUUUCGCGCAUGCGUACUUUUUGCGCGAUCCGCUGGCCUCGCUGCGUAGCCGUUGUUGUCUUUUCGGUUGGCUUGCUGCUCCCGCCCCUGCCAACCGCCGCCGUCGCUACCGCCGCCGCCGCCUCCACCACCCACAGAGCUCGCGCUAUGGCAGACCCUCGCGUCCGGCAGAUCAAAAUUAAAACGGGCGUCGUGAAGCGGUGAGUAUGCGAGGGUCUGGGCCUCGGCCACCUGGCGCGUCCCACAGCGGGCCGGGUCUGUGGAGCCUGGGACCGGGUGGUCAGUUGCCUUUGGCCAAAGGCUGAGCGGCUGAGGUGGGGUGAGUGGCGGAGGAGGCGCACGUCCCUGACGGAGCGCCUAGGUGCCUCACGUUGAUGGACGUCGGUGCAAGGCCAGCGCUGUAUAGACCUGUAAAGGGGUGCGAGAGAGAGAAAGUGUGCGUAUGUGAUAUUUAGUUAUUCAUCCAAGGAACCCGGAAGAGCAACGUACUCGGUCUGGUUGAUCCCCGCAACGGCCUUGUGAGGUGGGUUAGGCGGGGAGUGACCAUCCAGUGGGCUGGGUGGGAUAAUAAUAAUAAUAAAUAAUAAAUAAAUAAAUUAUUAUACCCUGCCCAUCUGGCUGGGUUUCCCCAGCAACUCUGGGCAGCUCCCAACAGAAUAUUAAAAACACGAUAAAACAUCAAACAUUAAAAACUUCCCUAAACAGGGCUGCCUUCAGAUGAUGGAAUGUGCAUCACUCCAUAAUAACAUAAGAGCCACACUGGAUCAGCCCAUUGCCCGACUAAUCCAGCACCCUGUUCCCACAGUGGCCAACUGCAUGCUUAUGGGAAACCUGGCUCUGGCCACUCUACUCCACUGCCCUCUUUCUCAGUAUUGGUCUUGAGCUUAAGGCUCAGCCCCAGGAGUAAGGUUCUCAACGUAGGAUAAACAGUAAUGGCACUGAGCAUAUGAGGUGUUUCUCCCCCCUCCCCCCACCCUCUCACACACAUAAUCCUGCAGGUGUGUAAGAUUAGGCAAUAUGGACUCUAGGUCAGUGCUGCGCUUCCAAGCAAUUUUGAUUCCUGGCAGUUUAGAAAUGAAGCACUUUCUUAAAUGUUAAUGGUUGUGUAGAUGAAUCAAAGGGCACAAGUUACCUCAAGGUGAGUAAUCUGGGUUAAAGAAGGGUAAGGGUGUUGUGCAAGAACACUAGAGUGCUUGCAAGGAAUGCUUAAGAAUGCACAUCUUGAUCUGGAUUAUUUAACAUGGAAUAAUGGCCAUCCACCCCUGAUUCUUACUCACAAUCACUACAACAUGUUGCAAACAUUCCUUCUUUUCUAAUGACUUUUUACUUACAUAGUCCUAUAUCAUUGUAGCAUCAAGGUAUCAUUUACAUAUUAUCUAGUGAUGCAUGUGUGAAUUGGGUCUAUCCUGAUGAUAGGUAGUUAUAUUUAUUAUAGGAUUUAUUAUAGGACUAUUAGUCUAGAUUGAUUAAUAUUAGUAUUGAUUAAUAUUAAUAUUAAUAUUAAUCAAUCUAGACUAAUAAUAGGCUAGAUUAAUAUUGAUUGCAUGUGUCUAGGUAAAUACUGGGGGAAUUUGACAAGAGGCAAUGUCCUGUCUUCCCAUUCAGAGUAUCACAACUUCAUAGAAAAAUAAUGAACAUCCACUGUUUUUGAAACCCUAAUCUCAGUGGCAAAGAACAGAAAUCACUGGCUGCAACUUCUUUUGUAUGCUAGCAAUUGGGUGGGUGGGUCACUUCUUGAGAUUUUAAUCUAAUAAACACAAUUCUGAAAUGUGGGAGACACUGAUUAAGCUCUUGACUCAUGCAGAUCUAUCUGCCUUGGUUCAGACUUUGUUUCCAGUUUGAGUCAACUUUCUGAAGACUGGCUGAAGGCCCAGUCAUGUAAUUAAACUGUUUAUGUAAAACCCAAUAGCCAGUCUGCUGUCACAAGUACCUGUGAAAAUGUACCUGUCUCCACUAAACCAACUUGAUGCUGUUCAAGUAGCUUUGACUGCAAGAGAGCAGCUAGCAUUCUGUUAAGAUUGCCACAUGUCCUUUCAUUUAAGAAUAGAAUUUGAGACCUAUUAGAAUAUAAUAUAUAUCCUUUAUUUCAGAAACCCAGCGCUUCAGAGCAUUAUAUUAAACUUAGGCCAAAUCCAGAAAAGUUUUUUGUUUUGAUUUUAAAAUACUUAUUUGACACUCUUUUUAGUAUGGCAAUAGGUUGUGAACUGGGCUUCUAAUCUCUGAGCAAAGUGUUUAUUUAACAUAUUGCGUCUGAUAAAAUUACAAGUGGAGACCUGCAGCAAAAUGUUAACGCCAGCCCUUGACAGGAAUGCUCUUCAUUGGGAUGCCAACUAGCCUGAAAUAGGAGCCUUAUAAUGCUGUCUUCAUCCCACAAGGGUAAAAGUUUCAAGAUAUGGCUUAGGACUGUUUUUUUUAAUCCAACCAUCCUGAAACCUUUGUCCACUGUGCUACAUAAUACUCGUCCCAAACCUGAGUGCCUUAUAUACAGUAGGAGUAGGAGUAGUAGGCUGUCUUACCUUCUUGUGUAGUUCAGGAGCCAGUAAGUCUUACCUUCUUGUGUAGUUCAGGAGCCAGAGGUUUUUCUCCUCAUGAAGCACAUACACUGAACCUCUCCUCUCCCUUCACAAUACUGUUAAGAUAAGGGUGAAGAACCUUGGGCUUGGGUCUCUCUCUGUGUGUGACUGUGGUCCUCCAUCGCUUUAGCAUUUUCUGUAGCCCCACACACUUCACCACCCUGCUCUCUACUCUCUUUAAGUGCUUUUGCUUGACUGAAAUAUGUCCUUGUAUUGUGAUCGUUUCUUGCUUGCCUGGAUGAGGAGAUGGGAGGGUUGGUAGAAACCUGACUUCUGCGUGACUGGAAUGUGGCCUACUGUAUAAAGUGAGCUGCCUAAUAUGUGACCAGGUCCAGCCUCCACACUUUUAUUUCCUGAUGAGAUCAGCAAAAUUGAAAUAAAUGCAAUAUUUAUUUUCAUAUCAAAUCUAAACUUAUGUAUUGCUUUAACAUAAAAUACAUCAAUAAUAGCUUUGCAUUAAAAAAGUAUUAUUAAUUGUAUUUUUAAAAGAUUUCAUGACCUUCACAAAACUAAUUUGAGAAGCUAGUAUUAUUUCACCGUUCUUUUUCUAGACUGGUAAAAAGUGGCUAAGUAAUUUGCUUAAUGCUCAAGAGUUUGUGUGUCUGAUGGGACAAUGAUUGAAUUUUGAAACAAUUUGAGAAGUGCAGUUCUAUUCAUAACUACUUGGAAUUAAAUCCCCUGGUGGUUCACUUCAAAGUAAGUGUAAAUAAGAUUUGCAAGUUCAGUCUGAGAACUUCUGAUAGUUCUUGCAUAUCUAAUAAAAAUGCAUGGUAUUAAAAUAUGAGUUGUUUAAAAUAUUGAUUUUUGAAAAUUCAGUCACUCCUGGUUUUUGUUUUAAGGUGUGCUUUAGAUCUUAUUAAGCAUUCUUCAGUAUAUUCAAGUUCCCUGUAUAGGGUGACAAUAAAACCACCACCACAAAUCACAGAACACAUAUUUCAAUUUGAGGGUUGAUUUGAGGGGCAUUGGAUUCAUUAUUUUGUACCUUGACAGUGCUGAAAAGCACCAUAUCUGUGAUUUAUACUUUUCAGUCAGUGGAGACAGUAGUCAUCUGCAAUCUGAUGGUGGAAAGUAGGGGUGGGGACAUAUGAAAAAUUAUGCAACUGAAAGGGGUUCCACUUUACUGGCUUGGGGAGUAUUUGUGAGUGUUCACAUGAUAAACUUCUCUCUCAUAUUCUGUCCUCUUCCCCCCACCCCCUGAGUCUUGAGUUGCCAAUCAGAACCUUAAGAAACACAGAGCUGAAAGAGGAAAUGGGAAUGAGUGCCACUCUUCCAACACUCACCUUCAGAUUUAUGUACUUUUCAAGGAAGGAAAAGGUAGCCACCUUCUUCUUUGGCGAUCACUUGUAGCUGAGUAAGAUUGGCUUCCAUGAACACGGUCUUAACAGUAAGUCCGUAAGUGACUGUGGAGGCCAAUUCUGGAUCCACAUGUCUUUUCAUGGUGGGGACAUAAGUUUCCAGGCGAGAGUAGAUCAUGGUGAAGGUUUGCCAAACGUGCCUUCCUCUUAGCACGUUUCUCCCUUUCGUCCUGAGUUGGAGUUGAGCCUGUGUUUCCCAGCUGUCAGCGUUUAUGCUACAUUUUUUUAGAUUUGCCUUGAGAGAGUCUUUAAACCUCUUUUGUUGACCACCAGCAUUACGCUUUCCAUUUUGAAGUUCGGAAUAGAGUAGUUGCUUUGGAAGAUGAUAAUCAGGCAUCUGAACAACAUGACCAGUUCAACGAAGUUGAUGUUGCAGAAUCAUUGCUUCAACACUGGUGAUCUUUGCUUCUUCCAGUACACUGGCAUUAGUUCGCCUGUCUUCCCAAGUGAUGUGUAAAAAUUUUCGGAGACACCGUUGAUGGAAUCUUUUGAGGAGUUGGAGAUGGUAUUUAUAAGUGGUCCUUGUUUCACAAGCUUACAGUAAGGUUGGUAGUACAAUAGAUUUGUAAACAAGCAUUUUGAUUUCCCUGUGAAUGUCCCGGUCCUCAAACACUCUGCAAUUGGAAGAAAGCUGCACUUGCAGAGCUCAGGUGAGGCUGGAUUUUGGCAUCAAUGUCGGUCCUUGUGGAAAAAGAUAGCUGCCCAGGUAAGAGAAGUGAUCAGCACUUUCCAAUGUUACACCAUUGAGUUGGAUUUGUGGUGCUGCAGAGGGGUUGUUUUGUGUUUGUUGGUGCAGCACUUUGGUUUUUUGGAUGUUGAGCGAUAGGCCAAGUUUUUCGUAAGCUGCUGCAAAGAUAUUUAGGAUGGUUUGGAGGUCAUCAUCUGAGUGUGCCCACACUACAUUGUCAUCAGCAUACUGAAGCUCUAUGAUGGAAGUUAUGGUGACCUUACUCUUUGCUUUCAGCCUAAACAGCUUUCCAUCUGUUUAAUACCUGAUUUCUACCCCAGUGGGGAGUUUCCCUUCAACAAUGUGUAGGAUCAUGGCUAUGAAAAUAAUAGAGUUGGGGCAAUAACACAACCCUGUUUAAUACCUGAUCCCACUGUGAAUCGUUUGCUUUGAUAGCCAUUGUUAUCUGCAAUUGUUGCUGUCAUAUUAUCAGGGAGGAGCAAAGGUUGUUUACAAAUUUAUCUAGGCAGCUGAUUUUCAGAAGGACAAUCCACAGGGCAUUAUGAUUUACAGUGUUGAAGGCCUUAGUCAGGUCAAUAAAUGCUAUAUACAGGGGUUGGUUUUGCUCUCUGCAUUUUUCUUGAACAGUCGAGCAGUGAAAAUCAUAUCCACUGUCCCCCUAGAAGGUUGAAAACCAUUUUGGGAUUCAGGAAGGAUAGCCUCGGAUAUAGUUAGGAGACUAUUUGCUAAGAUCUUUGCAAGAAUUUUUCUGGUUGCAGCUAAUAAAGAGAUGCCUCGAUAGUUUCCACAAUCCAUUCUGUCACCUUUUUAAAAAAAGGUUGAUAAUUUUGGCAUCCCUAAAGUCUGCUGGGAUCUCCUCUUUCUCCCAGAAUUUUUUGAUGAGCUUGUGAAGUUGUUGUGUAAGUUCAAAUCCACCCACUUUAAAGACUUCGGCAGGUAUUCCAUAAGGUCCACUGGCUUUGUUGUUUUUCAUUUGGUUAAUACCUGUACACAACUCUCAGAUUUGGAGAUACUGCAAGCUCAUCUCUAAUUUGUUUUUUCGGAAUUUGUGAGAAGUUGAGAUGUUUGUAAUGUUCUUUCCAGCGCAGUGCAAUAGUUUCUUUAUCUUUUAGAAGUGUGGUACUGUCUGUUGAGCGUAGGGGGCAUAUGCCAUGAUUUAUUGGCCCAUAGAUGGUCUUUGUGGCUUUAAAGAAACUAUGUGUAUCAUGAGUGUCAGCUAAGUGCUGGUCUCUUGAGCUUUUUUUUUUAUCCACCAGGUGUUCUUUAGCUCUCUGGUUCUUCUUUCCUUAUCUCUCUCGCCCUGACCUAGCCACUGUGAUCCACGCGACGGUCACCUCCAGACUGGAUUAUUGUAACUCACUCUACGUGGGGCUGCCCUUGAGACUGACCCAGAAACUCCAGCGGGUGCAGAAUGCCGCGGCGAGACUCCUUAUGGGGUCUUCGCUGCGAGAUCACAUUCAUCCGGUACUAUACCAGCUGCACUGGCUCCCAGUGGAGUACAGGAUCAGGUUUAAGGUGCUGGUUUUAACCUUUAAAGCCCUAUACGGCCUAGGACCCUCGUACCUACGGGACCGCCUCUCCUGGUAUGCCCCACAGAGGAACCUACGGUCUGCAAAUAAAAACAUCCUGAAGGUCCCAGGCAUCAGAGAGGUUAGGCUGGCCUCAACUAGCGCCAGGGCUUUCUCGGCUGCGGCUCCAAUCUGGUGGAACGCUCUGUCACAAGAGACUAGGGCCCUGCGGGACCUGACAUCUUUCCGCAAGGCCUGCAAGACAGAGUUGUUCCACCAGGCCUUUGGUCAGGGCCCAGCCUGACUCCCUCCUCUGGCAACGUGCACAGAACUUUGCUUAACGGUUGCCAUUAAUUUGAUUUUAAUUAAUUUUUAUAAUGAAAUGUUUUAGAAUGUUGGAUUAUUUGAUUGUUUGAUUAUUUGUUUGUUGUUAGCCGCCCUGAGCCUGGCUUUGGCUGGGGAGGGCGGGAUAUAAAUAAAAUUUAUUAUUAUUAUUAUUAUUAUUAUUAUUAUUAUUAUUAUUAUUCUUUGAACCUCAGCCUUAAUGUUGGCAUAGGAUUUUUUUCUUAGUGGUGCAGUUUCUAUCUCUUUGCCAGAUCUGAGAGGCCUUCCUUUUCUUUUCAAUAAUGUGUUCAGUCUCAAUCUCACUAUCAUUUUCAUCAAACCAGUCCUGGUGUUUCUUGGUUUGGUAUCCAAUAGUUUGUUUGUAGGCAGCAAUAAUGGAUGUUUUAACUUGGACCAGUGUUCCUUGAUGUUAUCAGGGAACUCCAAAAGCAGAUGAUCCUUAAGAGUCAUUUGGAGGCAAUCCCGCUUAAUAGGAUCUUGAAGGGCUUGAGUGUUCAUUUUGUGCCUUGGUUUCCUUCCUUGAAGCCUGCAUUAAGGUAUAAUCUUGAUAGCCAUCGUGGAACAUAUUAAUCAGUGAUCUUUCCAGCGGUUGUUGUCACUCGUCAUAGCUCUGGUAAGGAGCACAUCAUGGCGAUCUUCAGCUCGCACAAUUAUGUAGUCUAAGAGGUGUCAGUGGCAACGCGACAUUCCAUUUUGGCGAUUAUCUGCCAGAGUAGAAGCAACAACAGAGAACUUGCUAUUUCUCAUUGUGUGAAAGAGCACUGUGUUUCAGCCGCCAGUUACCUGGGGCUACUGAGCCGAAGGGAGGUACAGUCUGGCCUCUGCCACCAGCCAGAUGACCUAUGGGCUGCUGGGAGGCUAUGCCCUCUUUCAGGAGAUCAUCAUGGUAAGGGGCAUACAAACCUGGUUCCAUCCAUCAGCUAGUGAAAGAGCACCUGCUCCAAUGCUUGCUUGCUUUUUCAUUCCCUUAUCUUUUUGUAUCAUGUCUAUUAGAUUGUGAGUCUGCUGGCAAGGGCUGCCUAAUCUCUGGAUGUGCAGUAUGUGGGGCACUUUGCCACCCUAUUAGUGUUAAAAAAUAAUAAAGGCCUUGGUGAGCUUGAGGCUGAGUGCACUCUUGCCAUCUCUCUAGUACAGAUACUUGUCUGUCUUUAAAACACACAUGCAACAAAGUGGCAAACAUCAGUAGAGCUAGCACCCCUCCUAAAAUUUAACAAACAUUUUAAAAAUAACUAGUUUAAAUUUGAUUUCAUUCACUUUUAGAAGUCUCUGUGUGUUCUUCCACAGUGCUAGAUUGCACACAUACUUCAGGUGUUUUUGUGUGCGUAAAGGGUAAAUUUCAGUACAGCAGCCACAAAGUUAUCCUUCACCCAUAUCUGAACCAGAUAUUACAUUAUUGUCAUUGAAGGGGCACUUGAACCUUUAGUAUGCAGAUGCUAAAUUGUGAUUGAGACAUUAUUCACAGAUUGUCUUCAUAAGUCUCAUAGCUAGCCUUUGUUAAAAGUUACCUAUGUACAGUAACUGCAAUUAUUGUAAUAUUUUUGCUAGGCUGACAUAAAAGCUGUUGACUCUGUUUGAAUCUUCCUUAGCUAAAUUCAAGCUUAAGCAAUAUAUGUGCAAAUAAAUGAAUUUUCCGAAAUGGUUAUUCUUUAGUUGUUUCAAAAUUGUAGUGGCUUUAAAAACUGCUGUGAACACAGUAUGUUGGGGCAUGUGAAAAUAGCACUGACAUUUGCCCAUAGUUUCCCUCUGAUUAAAUGAAAGUGACACCAGUAGAUUAGAAUGAGACUAAGACAAUUCACAUUGCAAUUGUGUUAGUUUAACUUUAACAAUCUUUUAACACUCUUGUUUAAAUGUAGCUGACAUACCAUAAUUACAAAUCUACAAGCCUUGAUUAUAGAAUUUUGCAUCAUGAACCUAUGGGAGAAGUGUAUUGAUUUUUUGGUAAGGCAGUCCUUUUUAGAAACCACCUUUCCAAAACUGUUGAAUCUUCCCAAAUUUGUUCUCUUGCCUGUGGCUCUGACACAUUGCUGCUGUUUUAUAAGCAAACAUAGUGCCAAGUUUGACAUAGCUUGUUAAUAUUUUAUUUUAGUUUUUAAAAAGUACAAGCUCUUUAAAAAGCCUGAAUAAAAUGACUUUCCUAAUCUGAAACAAUUUACUGAACACUAAUAGUUGGUGAAAAUAGAUGCUAUAGCCCUCAAAAUUCAGCAGAAACCAUAUGUUAACCUUACGUUGGAGCCACCAUGACUCUUAAGCAUCCUCCCCUAUUUUGGUAUUUAGAAGGCCUGCGUGAGGAAUGUGUUGCCCACAGUAGGGUUCCAACCAGGCACCUGUAUUGCUGUUUUGGUUGAGGAACACUGUUUCUUCCCUCCCUUACUGUCAUAAAGUUACAGUUGCAGGUAGUGAUACGUGUUUGGUGAAUAUAACAGCUGAUACAGUGGUACCUCGGGUUAACUACUUAAUUCGUUCCGGAGGUCCGUACUUAACCUGAAACUGUUCUUAACCUGAAGCACCAUUUAGCUAAUGGGGCCUCCUGCUGCUGCCACGCCGCCGCCGCAUGAUUUCUGUUCUCAUCCUGAAGCAAAGUUCUUAACCUGAAGCACUAUUGGGUUAGCGGAGUCUGUAACCUGAAGCGUGUGUAACCUGAAGUGUAUGUACCACUGUAUUUGGGAGGUACCACUGUAUUUGGGAUUUGAAAUACACGAACAGCAACUGAAUAGGUGUAAGAAAAACCAGUGAUAGAGUUGUUAGCAUCCAUUUGUCUCGAGACAGAGGAGUGUGCCUCUGAAGUGUCCUCUCCAAGGUACAAGCCUAGGUAGUGUGUAUGGAGAUCCUGGGCUGCCCAGACAGCAAGACCUCCCCUUGUUGGACCCCCCCCCCAUUGGCCCCUUGGGGACUUUUUAAAAUGGUUGUAAGGACAUGGUUAGCCAGCUGGGUCAUCAGGUUCCAAAUUUAUCACACACUUCCAAGUUGCUUUGUUAUGGAGCUUGCAUCCCAGCAGCAGGUGACUGCCUAUCUCCAGCAAGGGUGGAGAACCUUUCUUCUGUCGUGGUCCUCCUUUCCUCAGGUGUAGUAUGUUGGGAGCCUGUAUGACACCAGCAGUAGGCAGGGCUAAAGUGGAUGGAGUUUGCAGGAUUCUGCAGCUUUCUCUCUCUCUCUCUCUCUCUCUCUCUCUCUCUCUUCCUCUCCCUACCCCAUUUCUGUUUUUUCUUUCCCACUUUCUGUCCUCCCUCACGGGGUCUUCCCCUGCCCCUACUGGCCCACUGCAAAGUUUGUUCCCCUGAGACUCACCAUGUAGCAGUCACAUGUUUUUUUUCCUCAAAGAGGAAGAAAUUCCAGAGGAGUGGUCUAGAGAGCAAAAAGUGGGCUUUCAAUAACCAUAGGGUAGCUUGAUUUUUUUCUGGGAGCCUCCUAGGCUAUAAAUUCCUCAUCACUAACCUACAGAACCUGUGCUGUGUAAUUCUUAGAAGGUAAAAUUUUAUAACAAACUGACUAGUUGCUUUGUUAUAUGGUAUCUAUCUCUGUGUUGUUGUUUUUAAAAGCUUGCUAUCAUAGUCACAACAUGAAAUCUAGACAACUGGGGGAAUUCUUACCCUCCGCAGUUCAAAGCAAAGUAAUAUUGUCAUAGAAACAGGACAACCAAAAUUUUGAUCUCGCUACCCCACUCCAACCCCCCUGCUGGUGUCUACCUACCAUUUCUUGCCUCCCACUUAACCUAUGGGAUUCUGCCUUCUUAGUAUUCAUCCAAACAACCCAAUAUUCAGCUAACUGGAGGAUUUCUUAAAUUGGAUUUUUAAAGUUAGAUAUUGAUGAGUUCAGUGCUUUAUAUUUUAUGAAUUUAAUAGAUUUUUAUGCACUGCUGAAGUUUAAUGAUUGCAUAUUUUUAAUCCUUAAAUUAGAAAAUUUCUAAAUACUUGAAUGAUCAAACUGACAAUUGAGCAAGCAUUUCUAUGGGUCUAGAUUUUUCUGUUCCUCAUUCAGGUUACAAAUUGAUUACCUAUCAACCCUUCCAAUCAAUUAAUUGCUUUGGGUUCCUAAAGCAAUUGUUUUCUUUCUCUCUAGGGAGUUCUGAUUUUUGUCUUAAGUAGGAGAUGUCAUCUAUUUACACUAGCAAUUUUUAUGCAAGUAAUUUGUGUCCCUUGCAGAACUGAUUUAAUGUUAUACUUAUGAGCAUAACCUUCACAAGGUAUCUUAUACUUUUUCUUAUCUGUUUUGUUUGUGUUAAUAGAUCUCAAGGAAAUAAAAAAUGUGUAUGUUUUUAUAUUGUAAACCGCCCUGUGAUCUUCUGAUGAAGGGUGGUAUAGAAAUUUAAUUAAUAACAACAAUAAUAAUAUGUUUUGAGCCUGAAAAUUUCCUAUAAACUACCCUCUAAUAACUGACAUUAACUAUAAUAGAUCUAAUUUCAUUCCAUUACAGUGGUGCCUCCCAAGACGAAAUUAAUCCGUUCUGCGAGUCUCUUCGUCUAGUGGUUUUUUUGUCUUGCGAAGCAACCUUAUUAGCGGCUUAGCGGAUUAGCGCUAUUAGCGGUUUAGCGGCUAUUAAAGGCUUAACGGCUUAGCGGCUAAAAGGCUAUUAGCGGCUUAGUGGCUUAGAAAAAGGGGGGGGGGAGCGAAAAAAAUCUCAAGACUCGCAAGACAUUUUCGUCUUGCGAAGCAAGCCCAUAGGGAAAUUCGUCCUGCGAAGCGCAUCGAAAAACGGAAAACCCUUUCGUCUAGCGGGUUUUUCGUCUUACGAGGCAUUCGUCUUGCGGGGCACCACUGUAAAAUGUUUUAAAUUUAAUUGAAUUUUCAAAAUUUGACUUGUAUGUGAGUAAAUUGUGAGGCGAAAUAAUUGCUAAAAGAAAGGUAAAAUAAAUAUGGUAGUUUCUGUAAGUGGUGCAGCUUUGAUGUAGUCCUGUUGGAUUCAUUGACAGAACUUUUGAAUAAUUGCUUUGAGGGUUGCAACAUAGACUAUUUUUCUGACCACAUGUGAAUUCCAGAUCUUUUUAUGUGAGUUUUGUUGGCUUGCAUCACUUGCACCAAAUUUCACUCUACAGUGGUACCUUGGGUUAAGAACUUAAUUUGUUCUGGAGGUCUGUUCUUAACCUGAAACUGUUCUUAACCUGAGGUACCACUUUAGCUAAUGGGGCCUCCCGCUGCUGCAGCGCCGCCACCACGUGAUUUCUGCUCUCAUCCUGAAGCAAAGUUCUUAACCCUAGGUACUAUUUCUGGGUUAGUGGAGUCUGUAACCUGAAGUGUCUGUAACCCGAGGUACCACUGUAGUUGCAAGUGUCAUGGAAAAACCAGUUUAGGGUAGAAUACAGUCAAGUGCUCCUGAGAACUGGGUUAUUUAUCUGCGUUCAGUGCCAAAACAGCAAUACUCAGCUUGCAUAUAUUUUAUAAUUUGGUGUUUCACAGUCAUGUAUUUAUAAUUUAGAAAAUUAUAAAUUUAGUUAAACUAAACAGAGCUUUACCUAAAUAAGCUUAUAUCCUAGGGAGAUAUGCUAUAUAUUUUUUUUUUUAAAUGAAAAUUUCUGUUUGUUUGGGAUAAACUGGCACACUUACUGCCCAGUUGGUUAUAUGAUCCAUCUAGGUAGCUGUGUGCUUAAGGACUUCCCCUUUGCCAGCUGUGAAAGGGGAACAAGCGGCAUAGAGCUCCAUCUGCCAUUAUUGGCAAUGUGAACCUUGUUGUGCAUCUGAGGUUCUGGAUCGCAGCCUUUGACUUUGAGAUGGCUGGCUAGAUUGCAACUGUUGAAGCUUUGCAUUAAUAAUGUGGCUUAAUCAAAGCUCUGAGAUUGCAUAUAUAUAUGCGCAAAGUCAGAUAUUUCUGAAUUGGCAUAUGGCUGUUUUUAAGGGUGGCAAAACAAAAACUCUACGUAUUUCGUUUAGUAAACAUAACUUGAAUAUUCAACUAUAAUGUAAUAAGUAUGACUAGUCUGCUUUUGUUUUUGUUUUUAAAUCGUAUCAUAAGGUGAGAAACAAUUCUUCUUAAUAAAAACGAAUCAAGAAUAUAAUAUUGUGUAUUUAUACAUAAAAUGUAUAGCCUGCUUACUUUUCAGUACCAUCAUGUUUGAAGAUAAAUCUAGAGGCUUUUGUGGUGAGCCUCAGCUUCUUCUGGACUCUCCUUUGAUUCUUUCUUCUUCCCAUGUUCUUUUCAGCCAUAGUUUUAAGAAAAAUCUGUGAGAUAGUUAAAAGUACCUUUGUUUGAUGCAAGAUUUCCCAUCUAUGUGAAAGGAAGCUUAAAAGUUUAUCAUAACAUUUGUUCCGGGUUAAAAGCAAUUUGGAUUUUGGUGAGCUAAUAUAUUGGUGAAAUUACCUCUGUGUGCUCAUUUCAGCACACUCAUAAUCUGCUUAACCAUCCUAAAUAUUUGCAAAAUAGGGAUUAUUACAAAGAUCCUGUAAACUUUUAGGUAAAAGGUAAAGGGAUCCCUGACCGUUAGGUCCAGUCACGGACGACUCUGGGGUUACGGCGCUCAUCUCACUUUAUUGGCCAAGGGAGCCAGUGUACAGCUUCCGGGUCAUGUGGCCAGCAUGACUAAGCCAUUUCUGGUGAACCAGAGCAGCGCACGGAAACGCCAUUUACCUUCCCGUUGGAGCGGUUCCUAUUUAUCUACUUGCACUGUGUGCUUUCGAACUGCUAGGUUGGCAGGAGCUGGGACCGCGCAACGGGAGCUCACCCUGUUGUGGGGAUUCGAACCGCCGACCUUCUGAUCAGGUGGCCCUAGGCUGAGUGUUUUAACCCACAGCACCACCUGUGACCCUUUUAAACUUUUAGGUACUCUCCUCCAAAUGGAAAAUGAAUCCUAUUUAGGGAAUACAGCAUGCAAAAAGUGUUUGACAAUCUAGUUGCAAGAAAUUAGCUGACAUAGUCAUGUUGAUAACACUAGGCUGGAUUUUGGAUUGGACUGCAAUUUUCUACAUUUGGUGACAUACUGCUUUACAAAUCAGUUUUAAUUGUUCUAUAUAUAUGUUCAGGAAUUUAAUAUGUCAUAUUCCGAAUAUAUUUGUCCUCAGAUAUGGUUACAUGGCUUGGGGUAAGGGAUAGACAGAUAAAUGAGGAUGGAUUUUAUUACAAUUUUUUGUGAAAUCAUUUCUGGUUAUUUUUUCAACUGUUUUUUUCUGUUCAUCCAACACCCCAAUUGUAAGUCACCAUUAGAUAUAUGGCAAUGAGUAAGUAAAGAUACAUGAAUCAGAAAAUAGUUUUGUGACAUACUGCUUUACAAGUCAGCUGUAGUUCUUCUGUAUGCUGCAGUGCAGUAUUUCUUAACUUUUUAUGGUCAUAUAUUUUGAGAAUCUGAUUAAAAAUUUGGACCCCGUCCCCAGAAAAAUGCUCAUAAACACAUACAAAAACCUUGCAUGCAGUUUAUUUUAUUGCAUUCAGAAAAUCAUUUUUGUACGCAGUCCAUAGACCACAGGUUAAGAACCCCUGCUAUAGGGGUAUCCAGUUAUGUUGAUGUAGUAAUCUGAGCUAUUGUAUUGUAUUCUGUAUUUGUUAUGUUUUUAUGUAUUGUUAAUCUCUGUUGUUCAUAGUCAUAUAUUUCUUAAUGCUGCUGCUGCUGCUGGUGUGUGUGUGUGUGGCAAGUACAGUGGUGCCCCGCAAGACGAAUGCCUCGCAAGACGGAAAACUCGCUAGACGAAAGAGUUUUCCGUUUUGGAGGUGCCUCGCAAAACGAAUCUGCAAUGGGCUUGCUUCGCAAGACGAAAAUGUCUUGCGAGUUCCUGGGUUGUUUUUUUUCCUUUUCCCCCUCUUUUUAUAAGUCGCUAAGCCGCUUAUCUGCUUAUCUGAUAAGCUGAUAAGCUGCUAAAAGCCGCUAAAAGCCGCUAAAAGCCGCUAAUAGCGCUAAUAGCGCUAAUCCGCUAAUCCCGUCAAUGGGCUUGCUUCGAAAGACGAAAAAACCGCUAGACGAAGAGACUCCCAGAACGGAUUCUUUUCGUCUUGCGAGGCACCACUGUAAAUGAAUAAUAUAUGUUAUGAAUUAAAAGCAGAUACAGUGGUACCUUGGGUUACAUAUGCUUCAGGUUACAUACGCUUCAGGUUACAGACUCCGCUAACCCAGAAAUAUUACAUCGGGUUAAGAACUUUGCUUCAGGAUGAGAACAGAGAUCGUGCAGCGGCAGUGCAGUGGCAGCAGGAGGCCCCAUUAGCUAAGGUGGUGCUUCAGGUUAAGAACACUUUCAGGUUAAAAACAGACCUCCAGAACGAAUUAAGUUCUUAACCCGAGGUACCACUAUACUGAAGCUGUCAUUGAAGGUGUGCUUGAACUGUGUUCAUACUAUUUACAGCCCAGUAGAGAGAGGCACAAACAUACAACAAAAAACUCAAAGUGUGUUAACUCUAAAGAUGGAAGGAAUGAAAUCAGGUAAAUGGAUUUUUAGGUUUUUUUAUAGCUUGUGUUGAUUAAAUCUUUCUAUGAAUCAGAGUCCUUAUGUGGGACUCUAUACACUGAGGUGCACAGUUUGUAGGCCCAUCAGGGGCCAAACAGUUUGUCCUACUGAAUUAAAUCAGCAUGUUUGCAGUAGAUAAAGUUAUAAUGCUUUGGGUAGAGCUCCAUCAGUUUUUCUUGACACGUAUUCUUCUAAUGAUAUUUACAGUCCAGUAUAAUGUUGCAGGAAAAAUAGGAGCAGAUUGAAGCCAGAUGUGUAUUUCUUUUUAUAUAAACUGUCCUGGGAAUUUAAUAGAAGGGCAGUGUAAAUAUGGCUACAAUAAAGAUGUUAAAUAUUUCUGGUGAACUGUAGGCUGCAGGGGCGACAGAAUUUGCCUAGAUCAUUGUUACUAUGUAUCUAGAGGAUAAAUUCCCCUGAGCAAAUUUUGUAGUAAUUUUAUUUUAUUACAAGCUUGUAAAUAACCAGUUACAAGCUUGCACCAGCAGCGAUCAGCAUGGAACCAAAAAUGUUGGCUGCCCUUGGUAGCCACUCACAAUUUACUUUUGUUAGAACCCUUUCCCUCCAAUACAUGUUUGCUUGGAAAUAAAUUCCAUUAUGUUCAUUGGAACUUAAUCCUAGGUCAGUGUACUUGGUUUGUAGCUGCAGUUCUUGCUUCCCUUCCCUACAAGGAGGUGUUUGUUUUGACUGUGGUUUGUGACUAUACUGUGCCAGAGGCAACGAUAAGGACUUGCAUAUGGGGUAAAUAUACUGCAAGCACCUGCACCAGCCAAACAGCUAGCCUCAACUUUCUCCUCCUGACUUGGAGAGAAACAUUGGGACGCAUUCUGGUGACAGGCAGCUCAGGUUCUUGAUGUGCCUUUGUCACCUGUGUCCAAGAUAGCUUAAUUUCACCCUGUAGCUUGGAGCUGGUUAGAGGAUGGCAAUCAUUUCUGUUACUGUGCUGAGGUUUCUGAAACUCAGUACAAUUAUAAUUGAUGACCCCAUCCUGUCCCCAACUCAGAGGAUUCUAGACAGGCAAGGUUGGGGUUCCAUUUGCUACCCUCGUCUGACACACGUGCAAUGGGAAUGUGGGUCUCUAGUGCUUAAGGAUUGUAUUUAGCCUCUCAGUUCCUCUUGGAACAAUAUUUACAGUAGGCAUUUACAGCACUUGUAUUUCAUCCCAACUUACGUACAUAAAUUGGGAAGGUCUUGGUACUUUUACAACAUCAGCAUGCCAUAAAUUACUAAUAUUGAGUGUGCAUCCACAGGUAGGCCAAUAAUUAUUAUUUUCUUGGCUACAUAUCAGUGCACACAUACCCUUUCCUGCAGUUGUUCCCACUCAAAAGGAGAAUUAUGGAAAUUAAGUAUACAUGCUUUCUGUUGUAUUCAUAAAUGCCCUAUGUUGCACUGUCAACUUAAGAUAUAACUAUAAAUCAUUUUUAAGGAGAGACUCUGUCUCAGUGAUAGAAAGCAUGUAUUCCAUCCAAAAAGUUUUCAGUUCAAUCCCAAGUAUUUAUAGUUAUUAAAAGGUACCCCUGCCCGUACGGGCCAGUCUUGUCAGACUCUAGGGUUGUGCGCCCAUCUCACUUAAGAGGCCAGGGGCCAGCGCUGUCCGCAGACACUUCCGGGUCACAUGGCCAGCGUGACAAAGCUGCAUCUGGCGAGCCAGCGCAGCACACGGAAACACUGUUUACCUUCCCGCCAGUAAGCGGUCCCUAUUUAUCUACUUGCACCCGGGGGUGCUUUCGAACUGCUAGGUUGGCAGGCGCUGGGACCGAGCAGCGGGAGCGCACCCCGCCAUGGGGAUUCAAACCGCUGACCUUUCGAUCGGCAAGCCCUAGGCGCUGAGGCUUUUACCCACAGCGCCACCCGCGUCCCUUAUAGCUAUUAGUACCAACCAAAAAGUCACAGAAAUGUUGCAAGCUUUCUCCAGAGCUCUUCAUCUACCAAUAUGCGUGGUGGGGGUGAGGAAAAUAAAAGGUGCAGAAACGAGGGUCAAUAUUGUAGCUAUGAGAUCAGCUUGUAGACUUUUUUCCAGUAUGGAGAUCAUAUGCUGUGUAAGUCCCAGGUGCUAUGAUACCAGGCUACACACCUAGGAUUCUGGGAGGAUUAAGUAAUGGCUGCUUUUCCCAUUGAGAAAAUAAAGCCUAGCCUGUGACCCAUAUCACCAUCUUGAACAUAAGAAAAGCCUUGCUGGAUCAGGCCAAAGUCCUGUUUGGUUCAGCAUCCUGUUCUCACAGUGACCAGUCAGUUGCCUCUUGGAAACCCAAAAGCAGGUCUCGUAUGCAAACACACUCUCCCUGCUUGUGAUUCCCAGCAACUUAGAGCUGAGUAUGCAAAGCUGACCUUAUGGUUACAACACUGAGCCUUUUUUUUUUACCCCCCCCCCCCAUCUCACCACAUCCUACUUUAUUUGUUUCUUGCAUCUCUGAUGAAGUGUUCUAGAGAACUCAAAAGCUUGCCACAUUUUUUGUGAGUUGAUUAGUCCUAAUAAAAGUGUUGUGCAACUGUAAACUUUUUUCCUGUAUAGACCAGCAUGGCCAUUUUGGCUUAUUUUAUAAGAUAGCAUUGCAAAGCAGAUAUCCUGACUUAUACUUGUACCCUUGAUUAUAUUUACCAGAGCCACUAGCAGAUUAAAUGGGGGGGGGGGGAAUAGAUAAGUGAUACAAAAUAGUAUAAGAAAAGCCAAAU